CUCCACCCGCUUUGACCGCCCAAAUGGCAUCUCUACCUUCGAUACCGCAGGUCACUGGAGCUCAGUUGGGUGCCUACGAGAGCCUCUGGCGACAGGCUGAUGUGAGUGGAUCAGGGCGGGUGGAUGGCGGGGCUGCUGCUCGGUUUUUGAAGAAGUCGGGGCUGCAGGAGGGAGUUCUGCAUCAGAUAUGGAACUUAUCUGAUUGUUACGGAAGAGGUUACCUGGACAAACAGGGAUUUGUUGUUGCUCUGAAAUUUAUUGCAUUAGCACAAGCUGCUAUGCCGUUAACGACAGCCAAUCUGAGUUUUCCAACGGGGUUGCCGGUUUUGACCGAAUCUCGAGACAUUAGUCCACCCAGUUGGGCAAUCGGGACUGCAGACAAACAGAAGUAUGACAACAUAUUUCAAAACCUCGGUCCCGUAGGAGAUAAGCUGUCUGGACCUGUUGUCCAACAAGUAAUGAGGAACUCGAAGUUACCCAACGAUUCAUUGGCCAAGAUCUGGGAUAUGUCAGACAUCGACGAAGAUGGUCAAAUGGAUAGCGAUGAAUUUGCAGUCGCAAUGCAUCUAAUUUACCAAACAUUAGAUGGUCAGCAGAUCCCGUCGUCUCUCCCACAGAAUCUUGUGCCACCAAGUAAAUUGUGGAAGCUAAAGAAGUCGCCUUCACCUCCCACUUCAGUUUCGCCUUCAACGUCAACAGGUUCACUGCAGCAUGCGUCUGGGCAGUCUAGACGUAAAACGUCGAAGUCUCCCAGUCCUGCAGUAGUGAAUAGGUCUGGAUCGGGAUCUCAGCUUUCUCCUACAGUAGCCUGGAUUGUAAGUCCAACUGAUAAAACUAGAUACGAUGGCUACUUCAAUAGAGAUAAGGCAGCUGAUGGAUUUAUCUCAGGAGAUGACGCUCGCAAGGUUUUCUUACAAUCCGGUUUGCCGAACAUCGUGCUGGGAAAAAUAUGGGAACUGUGUGAUAUUGACAAGUCAGGAAAACUGAAUUCUGAAGAAUUUGCUCUUGCAAUGCAUAUGAUAUCCAAUGCGUUGAAGGGUGUGGAUCCGCCGGCUGUACUUACUGCUGACAUGAUGCCACCGUCAAGGAGACACUCAAAGACUGAUUCCGUAUCUUCUGGUGCUGAUCCAUCAAUGAUGAAGGAACUUGACCAACUUAGUAGAGAUAUUGAAGUGCUGGGAAGAGAGAAAGUGUCUUUGGAUGAUGAGCUGCAGAAGAGAGAAGAGUCGGUGAGGCAGAAGAGUGCAGAAGUAAAGGCUCUUCAAGUUGAACUCGACACCUCCAGCUCCAACUUGAAGGACCUAGAAAAUCUGAAGGCAUCCUCAAAGUCAAGAGUCGACCAGAUGGAUGAAGAGAGAGCAAAGUACGAAGAAAUGGUUGCAGAAGUCAAGCAGAAAUGCAAAGACGAAGAAGACCAGAUUGCUAGGUUGAAGGCACAGUUAGCAAACCAGGAAGUCAGCACAAAGGUUCAGGAAGAGGAGCUGAGUAAAGCACAGGACGAGUUGAGGAGUCUUCAGAACGACAAGAAGCAAUUGCUUCAAGAGAUAGAGGCUAGUAAAGUGCAGCUUGAUUCUGUUAUACAACAGAUCAGUGCAACUCAAACGGAAAUGACUCAGGUUCGAUCACGAUUAGCUGAGUUGCACAGCACUCAGCGUAGCAUCACGGCUGCUCUAGCCCAAUACUCAUCUCUAGCUGGCGGCAGCGCAGGCCAGCCACUACCCAUGGAUCUAACAAAACUCGCAGAACCAGUAGACGAUGCACUCAGUGCACGAGCCACAGCUGGAAGUAGUCCUGUCAGCACUCUGAGUGCAUUCAGCAACGGCUCAAUGGCAGACAAAGAUACAGACAGAACAGACGACUUCAAGGACGAUCCGUUUAAGACUGCUACGGAGCAGUUUGGUGUCACAGAAGAUCCAUUUAACUCUGAUCCAUUCAAGAGAGGAGAUUCUGGAUUCUCCGAUCCUUUCGGAGGAGAUCCAUUCAAGAAUGACCCCUUCAAGUCAGACGAUCCAUUCCAAGUAACACAGACUACAACUAAAGUAACGUUUUCUUCAUCCACCGCUCCAUCUCGUGACUUCUCAGACUUUGAUCCGUUCACAUCACAGCCGUUUAAGUCACAACAUACAACAGAAUCAUCAUCGUCGGAUCCGUUUGCCAUAUUUGGGACGGAACCUGCCGCAUCGGUUGGCUCGUCUGAUGCACAACCUCCCAAACUUCCACCUAAACGAAGUGCCGGAGGACCUUCCAGACAGGCCACGACUGGUGCAGCUGUGGACGUGUUUGGUUCGUCGUUUGGUGGUGCUCAGUCUACGACGAAGUCUAGUACUUUCAAUUCUGAUCCGUUUGGCGGAGGCAGAGGCUUUGGUGGUGCUGGUGGUGGGUUUGCCAAUUUUGGUUCGUUUCCUGGCUCUACGAGUCAGUCGAAAUCGGCGACUAUUCCUGCGACGUUUGGAGUGUCUUCGAGUCAAAUCGACAAGAACCUCUCCGAUGACGACAUGGUCGCCUGGGUAAAGGCAGAGAGUCUCCGUGAAGAAAAAGAACGACAACGACAACAGCAACAAGUAGAAGCCGAAGAAGAACAACAAUUUAAACUCGCUCUACAAGAGUCCGUCCGAGGCUCAUCCAACGCAUAGAAACACUAAAAAACCCACAAGUACGUGACAUCCUCUGCAAUCCACUGUCUGAGCAGGGAUCCUCACUGGCCCAAGCACACAGACGAUUUGUACUUAGAAUUUUAAAAUUUCUGUUAACUUUUGUGUUAUUAUUAGCAUAUACUGUUCAUAUCACGUU